ACUCUUCAGACAUUGUUUUCAGUUUGACAUUUGGUGUGUGGACACUAUUGUGUGUAUUAUUUUGAGAAGUUGAUUUUGUAUUAUAAUGAUGAAGAAGACUCAACUGAGCAUAAUUAAAAGGUUUGAUUUUAUUGAUGAGGGCGAAAGAGGGCACUACUUGUAAAAUGGCCAGCUCAACACAGAGUGGAUCUGUGGUCGUCACCCCGAUGUACCCUCAGCAAAGUGGUCCUACUGCACCAGCUUUCGGCACUACCCCACAUGUUUCCUCUGCGUUGGGAAAGUUUCUGAAAGGAGACCCAAAGGCACGGGGGAUAGUGCAAAUAAUGAUUGGAGUGAUGCACGUGUUAUUUGGCAUCGCAAUAGCCAGGUAUGCUGAAAGCAUUGCUGUUUUCACUGGGAUUGUUUUCUGGGGAGGAGUUAUCUACAUUUCCUCAGGAGCUUUGUGUGUUGCUGCUAACAACAAACUCAACAAAUCCCUGGUGAGAGGAGCGCUUGUGAUGAAUAUCAUCAGCACCAUCACUGCUGGCAUUUCAAUAAUCUGUUUCUCUCUGGACAUUGGUCACAAUUACUGCCCAUAUUCCGACUACGAUGGCAGAUGUGCGCUUCAGGCCAGGUCGCAGGGGAUGAUAGUACUGUUGCUGGUUUUCUCCAUCCCAGAGUUCAUCAUCUCCAUCUGUGUGUCAGCAUUCGCCUGCAGAGCAGUGUGUGACUACUCCACAGAGCAAGUGGUAUAUAUACCAGCCACAAACAGUCAAGUCACAUCAGAAAAUCUCAUCUCAACACCAAAAACUUAUCAGACGACAAUUUCACCCAUUUUGGACCAAACUGCGAUGGGCAGCAUGCAAACAGAGAAGCCUCAUAUAUAUGAUGAACUCCUUCCUGGAAAGAGAUCAGUUUAUCUCUCUUUCAAUCCUACAAGACCUUAAAUAAUAUUCGGAUUUUACAUAUAAAUAACAGACAUAGAUUAGCUACUUUGUCUUUAUCACCUUUCAUAACUUUCCAUUAUACAUUUUUUUUUACAAAAUAUCUUGUUAUGUAUAUUACCAAUUAUAUAAAGCAGGGCCUCCUUACAGUUAGGAUGGCUAAUGUGUAUUUUCGUUGCAUUUGUUCUGUAGCCAUGGAAUAAAAAUCAAUUUGUAUUGAAGUAUAAAGGACACACUGUACCUAUAAAAAAAAUGUAAAAAUUUUAAAAUGUGCUUUUUGUUAUUCAAGUCUUUCUCAGAAACAGCGGACCAGUGGUCUGUUUGACAACCGAUCCAAAUGAUCUCUCCAGUUUUUUUUACCCACGGGCUGCAAUUUAAAAGGAAUUUAUUGCGACUAAUGGGAUGUCGUUUCCAUUUGUCGUUUCAAAAGUGAAAAAAAAAACGCACACCUUGAUUUAGUGAGGUGCAGACCAGAAGGACAUGCAAGUGAAACUUAAAAAGAAAGAAGAGUCGCACACUCUGUUUACUCCAAUGCAGAUUUUUUAUCUCCAACGUUUCGGCAGCAAGCUGCCUUUGUCAGCCCUGACCCAGCUUGCUGCCGAAAUGUUGGAGAUAAAAAUCUGCAUUGGAGUAAACAGAGUGUGCGACCCUUCUUUCUUUUUAAGUUCCAUUUGUCCUUUCACGUUAUUUGCGCUGGUGAUAAGUACUGCCAAACGUGUGGUCUCCCUCUCUCUCCCCCUCCUUCUGCUAACUCCUUAAUUAAUGAUCCACACUCUUAGUAUAGUCGGUAGUGGGAAGUGGAUGAAUAACUUGCUUGGUUGCAUGUACUGUAUCGCUAAAGAGCUGAAGCCACGCUUCCCUCUUCAGCGCUACCGGGAGCGAUGCAAUACUUUCAUGUAGGUAAGGUUAUCAGACACGCUGAUCCCACUACUUUACACAAACACAGCUAACACGGUUUGCCCUUCAUCUUUUGUCCAGAGACAAAAGAAACACAUGCGCACAUGCACACGUACGCGCACAUAUACACACACACACACACACACCAACCCUCCAACCUUCCCAUAUUUAGCAUAGUUCUCCCUGGUUCGAUUAGUCUAUGUAUGCUCUGUGUUUGUACUUUUGUUUAAUAAAUAAUUUUUAUUAAA